AAAUCAGUGAGUUUUUGAAAUAAAAAAACCAGCUUUAAAGCCAUGACUUCUCUAUCUCCUCCGGCACUUUCCUCCGCCGGAACCACCUCAUUUGGCCAACUUCUUCAUGCUACCAAAUAUCCAUCAUCCAAAUUUCUAACAAGAAAAUUCCUCUUCAAUAAUGUUGCUCUUGCUCCUAAAGUUUUGUGCAGCGCCGCCAAUAACGGGUUCGCCCGGCCGCCCAUUUGGCCGACCAAAACUACGUGGAUAAAUAUAAGCGAGCCGUGGAGCUUAUGAAAGGCUUGCCCGACGAUGACCCACGUAGCUUUACGCAGCAGGCCAACGUUCACUGUGCCUAUUGUAACGGCGCGUACGAUCAAGUUGGGUUUCCAGUGGAGGUUCAGGUUCAUAAUUCGUGGCAUUUUUUCCCUUUCCAUCGCUAUUAUCUCUACUUUCAUGAGAAGAUCAUGGGAGAGCUGAUUGGGGACCCCACCUUCGCCUUGCCGUUUUGGAACUACGACGCUCCGGAGGGGAUGAGAAUGCCGGCCAUCUACGCGGACGACAAGUCGUCGCUUUAUGAUGAGCUCCGAAACGACAACCAUCUGCCGCCGACGUUGGUGGAUCUAGAUUACGGUGGCGUCGAACCCACGAUUGACGAUGAGGCCCAAAUAAGGAGUAACCUUCGGGUUAUGUAUCGGCAGAUGGUAUCCAACAGCCGUACGCCGUCGCUGUUUUUGGGUAGCGCUUAUCGUGCCGGUGACGAGCCAUCACCAGGAGGCGGGAGCGUGGAGAACAUUCCGCACGGGCCGGUUCACGUAUGGUGUGGCGACAACGAGCAGCCCAACUUCGAGAACAUGGGAAACUUCUACUCCGCCGCUCGCGACCCCAUCUUCUUCGCCCACCACGCAAACAUCGACCGCCUCUGGUCCGUCUGGAAGACCCUCGGCGGAAGGCGGCAGGAUCUCCAAACCCCCGACUGGCUCAACGCCUCCUUUAUCUUCUACGACGAGAAAGCCCAGGCCGUCCGCGUCACGGUCCGCGACUGCCUCGACUCCAAAAACCUCGGCUACGUCUACCAAGACGUCCAAAUCCCCUGGCUCCAGACUCGCCCCACGCCACGUCAGACGCUUCGAAGCCAAAGGGCCGUGGCCAGGUCAUCCAACAUACCAUUCUUCGGCGCGGGCCCCGCACUCGCUGGCGAGACAGGCCCGUCGUCGAGCCGCGUGAGGCCUGCGAGGAUCAAGUUUCCGGUGACUCUGAACUCGGUGGUGAGCACGGAAGUGAAGAGGCCGAGGAAGUCGAGGAGCAAGAAGGAGAAGGAGGAAGAGGAGGAGAUUUUGGUGAUCAGUGGGAUCGAAUUCGACGCCAACGAGGCCAUAAAGUUCGACGUGUUGAUUAACGACGAAGAUGACAGGGAAAUUCUGGCGGAUAACACUGAGUUUGCGGGCAGCUUUGUGAACGUGCCGCAUAAGCACGGUCACAAGAAAAAAGUGAAGACGGGGCUGAGAUUGGGCAUAACUGAACUGCUUCAGGAUUUGGAAGCUGAAGGAGACGACGCCGUCAGGGUGACUCUCGUGCCCAGGCUUGGAAGAGGCCUCGUCACCAUUGCUGGGAUCAACAUCGAAUUUGAUAAAUAAAUUACUUUUUAAAUUUUCGGCUCAAUAAGGUUUAUCUAUAAUAUAACCAUUAAUAUAUCUACCCUAUUUGUUCUUGAACUUAAACUUUCUUUUAUAAUAUACACUUCAACUUUACUA